UGAAGCUUCAACUUAUUAUUUAUCCUCCCUUUUCCCCUCCAAUCUCAGGAUUGAUUGUUGUACGAGAAAUAUAUUGGUUGAUUAUCUUAUGUCACUCUACUUCCCUCCUUGAGAGGGUGAUUUGAAUAAUCCAUCAAUCAAUCAAUCAAUCAAUCAAUCAAUCAAUCAAUCAAUCAAUCCAACCAAUCAUCAAGGGAUCCAAUUUAUUAGACUGUGAAGCUGCCACAGUCAAACAAGUUAAAGCUCUCAACUACAACCACUUCAAUAUAUCCUCAAGAUGUUCGCCCUCCUCUCUUACGCUACAAACCUUUCAAUAAUCUAUAUCGUUCUCACUUUAUCUCUCUACAUGCUCUCUCCUAUUCUUCCCCUCGCCGGUUUCUUCGCUCGCCUUCUCGCUGGUUAUAUUUCACUCGUCCUCUGUGCUUGUUAUGGUGUCUUCAUAUCCAUCCUCCUACGUCUUGUAGGAAAUUAUCGCAUAUCACAAUGGGCCGUCGCUCGCGCUUACAAAUGGGCAAUGUGGUUUACGACCGGUGUAACAUUUGUCGUCGAAGAUCCCAACGAUUAUCUCGGUACAACACGCCCCGCAGUCCUUAUAGGAAACCAUCAAACCGAACUUGAUGUGCUCAUGUUAGGGUGUGUAUUUCCUCGAUAUUGCUCUGUCACCGCGAAGAAGAGUUUGAAGAAUGUGCCAUUUCUAGGAUGGUUUAUGAGUUUGAGUGGCACCGUAUUUAUUGAUCGGGGUAAUGCGAAAGAUGCACGACAGGCGAUGGCGGGGGCAGCGAAGGAGAUUCAAGAGGAGAAACAAAUCGUUUAUAUGUUUCCCGAGGGAACGAGAAGUUAUGCAAAGGAUCCGACGCUUUUACCUUUCAAGAAGGGAGCAUUUCAUUUGGCGGUUCAAGCUGGGGUUCCGAUUGUACCGGUUGUAGUCGCUUGUUACAGCGAUGUUUUGCAUGUGCAGAGUUGGAGAUUUAAAUCGGGGAGGAUACCAGUUCGAGGUAUGUUCUUUUUUCAUUCGAUAUUGUUUGUUAGGGGUAAAGAGAAGCAAAGGCAAUGCAGGGAAGCUAAUUUUGGAAUAAUGUAGUACUGAAACCUAUCGAGACGAAACACCUUACCUCGGCAGAUGUUGAAGAUUUAGCAAGAGACACGAGAGAUUUGAUGUUAAGGGAAUUGGUAGCUUUAACUUCGAGGAAAGAAGGAAAACCAAUAGCUAUGCCGGCACAAAAUGCAGAUGGAGUUGUGAAAGCUAGUGGUACCGAAGCUCACGUGGAACAUCACAUACUAUAGAGGUUUGAUUGUGGAAGGAAAUGACACAUUGGAGAUACACGGAUGGGAACGAUAUUGGGAUGCUCUGCAUGGAAAGGGGAACAUACAAGGGAAAGAAAUGAUUUGCAUGGAAAAUGGAUAGCAAGAGAUGAAGAAGGACAGGACCUAUUGCAUAUGAGAUACGACUAUCAGUUAGGGGUAAAAGAUCGCCCACGAAGAACAUGAUAUGAUCUCGCACGACUUUGGAGUAUAUUGGCAUGCAUGGCAUAAGAAUGCGAAAUUUCAGAAGCUGGUAGAUACCCGGUAAAGUUGGAAUUUUAACAUGAAGUUUGAAAUGAAAUUAUUAAGGUUUUUCAUGAUUUUAUUCAUGGUUGAGACGUUGUGAUUUAUGUUGAAUGGUAUGGAUGGACCUUGAGUGUUGGAUUAGCGAUAUGUGGAUCUGAGCUUG